AAUCUCCGUCGACCAUCUGAUACGUGGCCCAAACCAACUAGUGGGUUGAGUCAAGUUCACGUGAGACACAGAUCAUUUGGCCGUAUGAUCCUAUGUACCCUAUCUCGGACACAAUCGUAACCGUGUUCAAUCUGACCCACUAGAAGGCUAGAAGCUGUGUUCUGGGGAAGAACCCGUUCGAGUCUGCAGGAUUUUUCUCCCUCGCUCUCGAAUUCUCUUCUUCUCUCCAUUCUCCGCCUCUUCUCCCUCCGCAUCUCCUCCUCGCCAUGAGCGCCAUCGCCUCCCCAACGCCCCCACAACCCCAACCCCCCAAAACCGUGCGCGUGGUGAUCAAGGGGAGGGUCCAGGGCGUGUUCUUCCGCGACUGGACAGUGGAGAACGCGCGAGAGCUCGGCCUCCGCGGCUGGGUCCGGAACCGCCGCGACGGCUCCGUCGAGGCCGUGUUCUCCGGCGCACCCGCCGCCGUGAACGAGAUGGUGGAGCGGCGGUGCCGGAUCGGGCCCCCCGCCGCCGCCGUCACCGCCCUUAACGCCUUCCCUUCCGACGAGGUCGUCGACCCUGCCCAGGGUUUCCAGCGCAAGCCCACCGUCUAAUUCUUCAUCCCCCAGUUUCGCUAGGUAUGUGCGAUUCAUCGUCUUAUUGAUGCAAUUCGGGUUGGAGAUAUAUAUACAUAAAUUGAGGAUUAAUUGGUAAUUUUUGUAGUUUGGGCUUCGACGUGGUUACUGUUGCAUUGCAUGAGAAAUUAAAAGAAAAUAGAAUUCUGGUUUUAUAUACAUAUGGUGUAGUUAACAUUCUUAGCUGAUGUUCUGAAAAUGUUGAUACAACCCGAGUUUACUAUGAUACAUUGUAGCUUUAGUUUUGAAACAGAAUCUGCUAAACGUAGUAGUAAAGUGAUAUUCUUCUGUGUGAGCUGAAGUGGCUGAAGCCUUAUUGUUUUAGUAUUAAAUGUAUAUCCUACUAUCUA